AUGGCGCCGGAGAGUCUUCAGUUCAUGCGCACCCAGAGUGAUGUGGAGCCAGGCGUCCUGGAGAUGGGCCACCCGCAGCGCCCACAGAGGUACGUCAAAGCGCAGACAAGCGGCUUCGUGGCGGAGUUUGCGCAAGAGAGUAACUCUGAUGACUCGGAUGACCUGGCCCUCAGAUCCUCCUCAGAUAUUAGUGAUACAGACACUCUGGAGAAGGUGUUUGUCCGCCACAGAACCACACCUCAUGGGAGCCCGAGAUCUGGAAGGGCCUCCCCGAGACUGAUCGGUACUUCACCAGGUUCAGGCAGGAUCUCACCAAGACCGGGCACCACCACCUUCAAAGAUAGGCUGUUAGACCCUGGUGACUGUGGUAGGUGGGGUGGGGUGACCCAGAAGCAUCUCUACACUAACUUUGCCACGGACGAUUCUUUCUUUGCUCACAGACUUCGUGUAGGUGGGUCGAGCCAAGGAGCUGUGGCACACAAAGUUAUCGGACUGCCUACACUCCUGACGCCUCAAGACGAGCGUGAAGUCCGCUAUGCCCAGUUACAGCUGAGUACUCCCAGCACCCCGGCUAGCGGUCCACGCACGCCGUCCAGUGUUCCACUCACACCCUCUAGCAACCCGCCGACACCAUUACUCCAUCCACACACAGGUCCUUCACCCAUCUCCCCGGGCCUCCAACGCUCACUCUCUCCUCUCACAAGAACAUCUCUCAAGCAGCCCGACCCUCACAGCUACCUCUCAGUCUAGUGUUAAGUCUCGAGCCUCUUCGCCUCAAUCAUCGCGUCCAUUUUAUUCUAACUUACACAGGUGUCUUUCUAAACUAGAGGGUAGAGGUACUCGGCAACCUCCAUCACCUAACGAAGUCUCGAGCCUGACCAUCAACAACCAGACACAAAGUAGUUCCUCAACAGAGACACCCACGUGCUUUUUUGGUGAAGAUGACAAGAGUCCAUCAACCACGACCGUAAGUGCCCCUUCAUCUCCUUACAUCAGGAAAAAGUGUCUCCAAGAUCACUUAGAGUCAACAGUCAGUUCUCCACCCACUCCUUUCACUGUACAUUUUGAUUCCCAACAUGACACAGACGAGACAGUCAGGGAUCCUCUGUUAACGAAAGAUUCACAAACUUCGCUACUCCAUACUCCGCCCACUUCGAAACCAUCCAAGACUGAAAACGCUUACGUCAACAGACAACACACAUCUCAAGAUCGAGUAAGUUUUUCCAAUAAUUUUUUCAGAAGGAUCCAGAGGAGGUACGCUACCGUGUCCUUACCCACCUCUCGUACAGCAACACUAAAGAGAGGAGCUGCCACCUACGACACCAACAAAAGAAAAAACAGUUCUCCUGGCGACUUCGAGAUGGUAAACUAAGAUGAAUCACCAGAUGUUACCGUAAUGGCUCACCUCUUACACUGUGCUGUGAUCAUCAGUAAUAAUAUCAUAAAGACUAGUGUAUCGUCUGUGUACUGCUGAGAUGAUGAAUCACCUGGUUUGUAAGGCUUCUCAUGGUCAGUCCUCGUUCCACUAAAGGUCCUUCUACUACCCAAGGUCAAAGUUUAGGCUGCAGCAGAUGUAGCCGUGUAGUGCCUUAACAAAUUUCAAGCAGCUUUGGUUACAGAUAGAUCCUUCAAUACGAACAUCGAAACACAUUUUCUUCACGACUCCUUAAUGAAUCAGAAAAACAUGUUAAUGGAACUACAGUAUGUAUACACUGAUGGACCACACGGUGUACACUGAAAUAAACAGACACAGUGUAGUUAGUCUUGUGUGUGUGUGUGUGUGUGUGUGUCCAAGUACUCAGAUAAUACACAUUCUUUAUGACACGGCUGGUGAGGUGAGGUGAAGUGAGGUGAAGUGAAGUGAAGUGAAGUGAGAUGUUGACAAUAACUUCGGCAAAUUUACCGAUAUAAUUCCCUACCUACAAGACAUCAUGAUAGUCAAAUAUAUAUAUUAUUAUUUAUAAAUGUAAAUAUUUAUUCCAACUCUUGAGACGAACAUUGUAUAAUAUUUACUUUGCAUGUGAAUAAUAAUAAUGUUGUUGGUGUGAACGACAGGAAAUAUAGUAUAUAAUUUAUAACAUCUUCACAUUCCGGCCAAGGUAUAGAUGUAAGUGUUCCUAGAUGAUCAGUUUUAAGUAACACCGUGUUGAGAGAGACAAAAGUGUGUUGUUGUGUUACAGUGUGUGUGUGUGUGUGUUUAGUUACCCGCACCCAAUACUUAUGUUUUAUUUCGGGGU